AUGCUGGAAUAUCUUGAGGCAUUCAGCACUUAUGAGUCAUCAAACAGCUCAAACUCACUCACACUUGGACAUUACUUCAAUGGCACUGCUGGUGGCAUGACCGUGGGAAGACAACUUGGGCUUCAAGUAUUCUCAGAACCAGACGACCAGCUCAGCUAUGAUAACAAGUCAAUCUCGCAUGAGAUCAUCACCAAGGUCUUUCUUGAUUUCAUGACUCACACCAGGCAGAAUGAGAGCAUGCUAUACUUAAAGUCACUAUCUGCAAUAUGCAGUUCUCUCGAUAACACCUUCAAGGCAGCAAACAAGGCAACACUGACAAACAAGGAUGGGCAAAAGGCAAGGGAGAUCAAGGGUGGGAUACUCACUGUGUUGAAUUGUCAUAUGCCAUUCUGGACUCUCAACUCUAAAUCCGCUUCUCCAGAUAUCCGGAUCUGA